UGUCCACUUUCCCUCCAGUCUAUACUUUUAUCUUCCCCGGCUUCUUUAAACCCUGAUUUCUAUAACCACAAACGCUAAAAAGUCACAAUUUUGGUACUUGCCCAAGUUCAAAAACCCAUAAAACCAAAAGUCUCUGAAGCGUAAAAUUGAGUCUUUGACAGCCGAAAGCGCGUAAGUACUCAGUACAGUUGCUAUGGAGGUGGAAGCGCCGCGGCAGACUGAGAUGGUCAACAACGUCAUGUGCCUUCUGGUUGACCCAGAAGGGAAUUCAUUAGGACCUUCUAUGUACCUUCCACAAAACGCAGGCCCUCAACAGCUUCAACAAAUCGUUAAUAAGCUUCUUAAUAAUGAGGAGAAGUUACCAUAUUCUUUCUAUAUAUCAGAUCAGGAGCUUCUUGUGCCGCUUGCAACUUACUUGGAGAAAAACAAAGUUUCUGUGGAGAAGGUACUCUCAGUUGUUUAUCAACCACAAGCUGUUUUCAGAAUCCGCCCAGUUAAUCGUUGCUCAGCAACAAUUGCAGGUCAUACGGAAGCUGUACUUUCAGUUGCCUUUAGUCCUGAUGGUCGCCAGUUGGCUACUGGUUCCGGUGAUACCACUGUUAGACUUUGGGAUCUUAAUACCCAGACACCAUCAUUCACAUGUACAGGACACAAAAAUUGGGUUCUUUCUAUUGCAUGGUCACCCGAUGGUAAGCAUCUUGUAAGUGGAAGUAUGGCUGGAGAACUUCAAAGUUGGGAUCCACAGACAGGGAAGCCAUUAGGCAAUCCACUUGUUGGCCACAAAAAAUGGAUAACUGGAAUAUCUUGGGAACCAGUCCACCUGAAUGCUCCAUGUCGACGCUUUGUAAGUGCUAGCAAAGAUGGGGAUGCACGCAUAUGGGACGUUUCAUUGAGGAGAUGUGUUAUAUGUCUUAGUGGUCACACACUUGCAGUGACUUGUGUCAAAUGGGGUGGAGAUGGAAUGAUUUAUACUGGCUCCCAGGAUUGUACAAUAAAAGUUUGGGAAACUACACAGGGGAAGCUCAUUCGUGAAUUGAAGGGCCAUGGGCAUUGGGUUAACUCUCUUGCAUUGAGCACUGAAUAUGUUCUUCGUACUGGGGCUUUUGAUCACACUGGUAAACAGUAUUCAUCUCCAGAGGAAAUGAAACAGGUUGCUUUGGAAAGGUACAACAAAAUGAAGGGAAAUUCCCCUGAAAGGCUGGUUUCUGGAUCUGAUGAUUUUACAAUGUUCCUAUGGGAGCCUUUUGUGAGUAAACAUCCUAAAACUCGCAUGACGGGUCAUCAACAGCUAGUAAAUCAUGUGUAUUUUUCACCUGAUGGACAAUGGAUUGCAAGCGCUUCAUUUGAUAAAUCUGUCAAGUUAUGGAAUGGUACUACAGGAAAAUUUGUUGCUGCCUUUAGGGGCCAUGUUGGUCCUGUUUACCAGAUUAGCUGGUCUGCAGACAGUAGGCUUCUUUUAAGUGGAAGCAAGGACACCACGCUGAAGUUGCUUUGUUCAUCUAGGUUUGGGACGUCAGGACAAAGAAAUUGAAACAAGAUCUUCCAGGUCAUGCAGAUGAGGUUUUUGCUGUUGAUUGGAGCCCAGAUGGUGAAAAGGUAGCUUCUGGUGGUAAGGAUAGAGUGCUGAAGUUGUGGAUGGGAUAGAUUUAUUAGAAGGAGACAGAAGUAAGCAUGAAGUUUCUGGAUGAUAUGGAAACGAAUUAUAUUAUCUAAGUUUGGCUUCAAAUGAUUUAUUACGAAGUGCGAAGAAGCCUAUAGCCAAGGUGAUAAUGUGUGAGAAUGGGAAGAAUCAGUUAAAACAGUGGUUGGUAGAAAGCAUAAAUCUUUUUAGCCUGAAAUGUGAGCACAUUGGAAAAUUACAUUAGGAAAGUUUUGAUCUUUUUGUACUGAGAAAAAAAAAAAAAAAAAAAAGAUAGUCUCAACUUGAUUCGGUAUUACUUUUUAUGUGUAUUGAACCUUCACUAUAAUGUUAUGGCUUUGAACUCACGGUAAAGUAAUUGUUAUAUAUCAUGCAAAAAUUAAAGGUUUCUA